AUGGGCGGAAGAGGGAAUGGAAACAUGGGGCACCAUGGGUGGAAUGGUAGGCAUGGAAGAUAUAGAAACUAUGAGGAGGAGAUGGAGCCGCGGUAUGAUGAUCCCACCAAGUCUAUCAAGCACACAUUUCCCGAGUUCCACGGCAAGUUUAAUCCCGAGGCCUACUUGGAAUGGGAGUCACAAAUGAGCAAAAUUUUCUCACUCCAUAACUUUUCGGAAGGUGAUAAGGUGAAGGUGGCAAUAGCCGAGUUUCGUGGCAAUGCGGAUACAUGGUGGAAUGAUACGAUGAGGAGGAGAAGGAUGGUUAGGGGAGGGGAAGUGGGUUCGUGGGCGGAGUUGUGUGAGCUCAUGAGGACUACCUUUGUACCAAAGUCCUAUUUCCUCCGACUUCGAGGGGAGUUUCAAGAUUUGAAGCAAGGGACGAAGAGCGUAAUGGAGUACUACUAUGAACUCUUAUCAUUGAUGAGCAAGGUAGGGGUGGAGGAGCGAGAAGAGGCGACUCAAGAUCGAUUUAUCCAUGGCCUUAACAUCAACUUGAAGCACAAGGUGCAAGUGGAGGCAUUGAGGGGAAUUUCCUUAGAUGAGGUGAUUGGGUUUGCCGACACUUUUGAGAGGCAAAGUAAGGAGUUGGUUUCUAGCCGGGCUAAAUGGGCGUCUAGCCAAACCGGAGGGACGGGGACUAGCAAGUGGAGUGCUCCCGGCAAGAAGGUGGAAAACAUGGCCAAUCCAAACACGCAAGGGAGGCCGAUCGCGAAGGCUUUACCGGGUACUCAACCUAUUAAAGCUAUAGCCCCUAUGGAAGACAAGAAGGUUCAAUGUUUCAAGUGCAAGGGGUAUGGCCAUUAUGCACGCGAGUGCCCAAACCAACGGGUAAUGGUUAUCGGGCAAGAUGGUAGCGUGUAUAGUGAGGAAGAUGAAGAAGAUGGGGAGGGUGUGGGCACUAAAGAAGUGAGCCCGGACACCGACAUAGCUUUUUCUAGUGGCGAAGAAGAAGAUACACCCUUAAGGGCUAUGGUUGUACUCCGAAUGCUCAAUGUACAACCCAACCUUGAGGAGCAUAAGGAGCAAAGGUGCAACAUCUUUCAUAUGAAGUGGGACUCCGGAGAGUUGAGGGUGAAGGCUCAAUGUAAAGUUCCAUUGAAGAUUGGAGAAGUUGAGGAAGAAAUCCUAUGUGAUAUCAUUCCUAUGACGGCAUGUCAUGUUUUGCUAGGGAGGCCAUGGGAGUUUGAUAGAAGGGCCUACAAAAAUGGCUUCACGAAUGAGUAUUUCUACAUGCUCAACGGGUUGAAGGUUCGUUUGAAGCCAUUGCUACCUAGUGCCGUGUUUGAGGCUAGCCAACAUCUACAAAAGGAAAGAGAGAGAGAUAGGGAAAAAGGCUAG